CCUGACGUGUCGGGGAGGAGCCGGGCGCGGAGGUGCGCGGAGUGGAGCUCAGGGCUGCGGAGGGAAGCGGAGCUGAGCGGCUGGGCGGGCCUGGCCAGGCCAGCGGAGCUGAGGCGUCGGUCAGCCGGCGGCGAACAUGCGCUUUUGACACAUUGGAGGCUUUCUUGAUCAUGGAUGGUGAAGAUAUACCAGAUUUUUCAAGUUUAAAGGAGGAAACUGCUUAUUGGAAGGAACUUUCCUUGAAGUAUAAGCAAAGCUUCCAGGAAGCUCGGGAUGAGCUAGUUGAAUUCCAGGAAGGAAGCAGAGAAUUAGAAGCAGAGUUGGAGGCACAAUUAGUACAGGCUGAACAAAGAAAUAGAGACUUGCAAGCUGAUAACCAAAGACUGAAAUAUGAAGUGGAGGCGCUAAAGGAGAAACUGGAACAUCAGUACGCACAGAGCUACAAGCAGGUUUCCGUAUUAGAAGAUGAUUUAAGUCAGACUCGGGCCAUUAAGGAGCAGUUGCACAAGUACGUGAGGGAGCUGGAGCAGGCCAAUGAUGACCUGGAGCGAGCAAAAAGGGCAACAAUAGUUUCACUGGAAGACUUUGAACAAAGGCUAAAUCAGGCCAUAGAACGGAAUGCAUUUUUAGAAAGUGAACUUGAUGAAAAGGAAUCUUUGUUGGUCUCUGUACAGCGGUUAAAGGAUGAAGCAAGAGAUUUGAGGCAAGAACUAGCAGUCCGAGAAAGACAACAGGAAGUGACCAGAAAGUCGGCUCCUAGUUCUCCAACUCUAGACUGUGAAAAGAUGGAUUCUGCUGUACAAGCAUCACUUUCCUUGCCAGCUACACCUGUUGGCAAAGGGACAGAAAACAGUUUUCCUUCCCCAAAAGCUAUACCAAAUGGUUUUGGUACCAGUCCACUAACUCCUUCGGCCAGGAUAUCAGCGCUAAACAUUGUGGGGGAUCUCUUACGGAAAGUAGGGGCAGUAAAUGGCUUUGACCCAGCUCCUCCUCCUCCUGGCCUGGGCUCCUCGCGCCCGUCGUCAGCACCCGGUAUGCUGCCGCUCAGUGUGUGAGUGCCCGGCCUCCGGGGGGCUCCUGCCCUCCUCCAACAACCCAGGACACCCACGCCUCACCCCUCGGUGCCUGGGCCCAGCCCUGUGCCCUCCAUCUGCCUCCCCACACGGCUGGCAGAGGGCAGGCUGCAUGCAGUGGCGGCUGCUGGGCCCUGCCCAGCCCCAGGACUCUGCGCGAUAUCAAUACUGGCUAUUUUCUCUUCUCGCCGUAGUGCCGUUGGUUUCACAUGAUUGCACUUUUGUGGGUCACGAGGUGAUACAUACUUGUAUUACUUGGUCACUGGAUGCAGAAGUACCCAUUUGUCAUCCCUGCCUCAUAGCCCCCGCCCUGCUGUACUGAUAGGAUUUAGUUGUGUUUAGGACAUUGCGAAUCUUCUACAAGUUCUCCCCCAAUCAGGUUGACACAUACCCUCCUCCUGAGCCCCCCGAGCCCCCUGGGCGCCCUCAGUGCUCACGAUCAUGUGUUUCCCGGCCCUACCCCCAGUCUGGGCCCGUUCUGCCAGGAGUCAGGAAGGUCGCUGAGUUAGGGAAUAUUGUCUGUUCCUCCUCGUUUUACGUAGCAGUUACCAUUCCAUAGACUGCCUCCCAGAGCAGCGAAACGCCCUGCUGAGCCCCCUGGCAGGAGCCUCGUGCCUGGGCACGCACGGGCUGAGCCUCGGCCAUCUCCUCCUCCAUGUGCCUCAGACUCGGGGGAGGGGUGACGGCGUCCGUGCCAGUGUCCUGUGCAUCCUUUGAUUACUCUCAUGCUGCAUUUACUGUUUACAUUUGUUUUAUUGUACAUAGGUUUGUAAACAUUAUUGCCUAAGAUAUUUGUAUAUAACUUGGGCUUUGUAGCUUUUAUUUAUUCAGAACUCAUAUGGCAUGUUAAUGGCUCCCGAUGGUGUCCUACUCUGGGCAGCUGUAUAGGAUCAUCAUGUGGUUAAAAAACCAGUUCCCUCAAAAAAAAUCUUUUAAUGUGGAAACAAUAAAUUUCAC